AUGCAGGUGGAACCUUCGUGCCGCAUCGACUCUUUUUCUCUGGGCAUGCCGAUUGGAGAUGCCGUUGACUUCAUCCAGAGGAAUUGCGGCCAAGGUAAUACAUUAACGUACAAUCCGGUGUCUCCUGCUAGCGACCGCUACCCAACAGUCAUCAACGUGCGGGAUAUACAACUCAAGCUCUACUUUAGUCAUGAUACUCAAGAGAUGCUCAAGCUUACAUUGUCCUCUCCCUGGAAAACUGAAAUUGUUCUAAUUCAAAAGUAUGAAAGGAUUCGAAUCUGUUCUCCAGAUGAUCCGCUCAUAUUCGACCAACUGGAGACGUUUCCUCUGCGUAAAAACAUUGUCCGGUCACGUUGUCGCUGUCAGGUUGUUUGCACCGGCAUCUGCUUCACUUUUGAUCCGGAAACGCUGCAUUUGAAAGAGAUAUCAAUUUUCCAUGACGGAAGUGACGUCAAACCCAUUGCUCCGCCUCCUUUCAGUGUGUACUAUCCUCCAGGUUUCUACACCUUGCGAUACAUUAAUUUGUCUAGGCGAUCAAAGAAAGGUCCAGUUAUUGGAUUAACAGCUGGUUUGACUUGCUGUACAGCAAAACGUGUGCAUAAGGUAGAGAACAUAGACGUUGACAACUUUGAAUCAAUACUUUUGGAAAAUAAUGUCAAGAUAGAAAAUUUUGAACGGCAUAUCCUGUUUGGUGACUCGCUGCAAGAUGUGUUGACUGAGCUUGGGACUCCCGAGAAAUCAUAUUACCAGGAAAAGCCUUCUCGUUUACUAGCAAGGAAUGACUACUAUCAACUGUCAGACACUGUUCCAUCUGGUGAUCUGUAUCUUAAUUAUAAGUCACUUGGUCUUGAUGUUGUGAUCAGCGGAACUUCUCACAAAGUUAUCAGAAUUGUUCUGCAUUCAAACUUUCCUGGCCACUAUGAUUUCAAUCUGUAUCGGAGAUGCCCCUUUGCUUUAGACAUUCAAUGUUGCUGCCAUCAUAUAAUUGAGAGACCAAAUCAACUGAAAGGAAUCAAACACCAAGUAUUGAAAGUAAUGCCGAUUAUGAAGUGGUCAGAGAUACACAAGCAUGUCAAGUGUGGUGAUGCUCGUCAUGUUGCUGUGCUAAAACGAAACAUAGCAAAACAUGAUCCAAUUACUGUAUCAACCAGUGACUGCUAUGCUUUCGACCAGUUGGUUUUUGAGGUAAUGACGAAUGGUCAUAUCGCUACAGUCACUGUCCUACCUGACGCUCCAUUUGAAACAUGCUCAUGUGGUGACAAAAAUCCUCAUAUUUUACUACCUACUGUUUCCAGAAUGAAGCCUCUGGACAGUGAAAUUACUGCCACUAAUGGCAAAUCAGUUGCAUUCCUCAUUGCUUCUGACUCAACUAAAAGCAACAUGCCAGAUAAGUCACGACUUAAGAGUGAAAUCAAAGUAAACCCAAGCUUCUUUGUGCCUUUGGAAAACCAAAAUCAAUGUCUCAAGCAUGAUAAUGAUGAUCUGCAAGCAAAAGCAAAGCAUGAUGCCAGCAGUGAGCAGCAUGGAGAUAUUGAUGACGUCAGAGUAAACAAAAUAGUAAAUACAGACAAAAGUAACGAUCGUGGUAAUUGUAUUCAAACUGUCACUGAAAUUCACCCCUUUAGUCCGGCUGAUAUUUGCCUAAAGAGCAAUGGUAUUGAUGGCAGUGAAGGUGUCACUAAUUUAUCAAAAUCAAGAGAACACACACUACCCACAGAACUGACUGAUUUGCCUGCUGGCAGAGUCCAGGUGGACAUUUCGACCAGUCAGAAAGAGUUUAAAGAGUCAUCAUUUCAGGCAUACCAUGAUGGUUUUGCUCCUCAUGUUGAACUCUCUAGAUCUCCACCACAGCAUUUACUGAUACCCAACCAUGAUACCGAGGCACUAACCCAUGUAACUUCAUUACAACAUCAGCAACAGCAACAUGCAAAUCAACAAACAGACACGGACACUACUGAUGAGCGGCUCGUGUCCUGUUUGGUUGAAUCACAAGUUAGUGAUGAUAUGUUUGUCAGUGCGUUAGGUAAUGCUGAUGGCAUGCAUUCUCCUUGGUCUACAUCAACUGCUUCAGACCCAGCAGUCAGCUCAUUGUCUAGCCUCAUAUCAGAGUCAGGCAAAUCAGACUAUGUGUCCUGGGAAGACAUAGCUGCAGAUCACUCAGAUGUGUUAAGUCAGUUACAGUGGAGGGCACAGGCUGUCAAAGAUAUCGGUAACAUGUGGGUCAGUGGAAAUCCUAGUCGAGCAGUCAGCAUGCUGUGCAACCAUCCAGAAAGUUUGUUAGAUGAUGAUUAUCAACUUGAAAAAGGCCAUCAAAAGCAGCCGUCUCUACCAGCAGCCUCUGAUUCAGAUUUGCUACCUACAUUGAGCAAAUUUAUGGACUCAGCGAAUCGCUUAACUGCUGAAAGUCAUUUACUGGAGGUAAUCUCUGUUGUCAGCGUGAUAACAACAAAGUUUGGUCGUAGUGUGAUGACCAGUACUCCAGGUACUACUACUAAAUCAAAGCAGACCCACAAGGAAAACUUGCAGUGUAAGGCACUGCUGAAGAAGAUCAAGUCACAAGCUCUGUUGAUGCUGAAUGACAAAGAAGGAGCAAGCGCUCAUCCAAAGUUGUUUAAAUCACUUCAGAAAUUGAAAAAUGAGUUAGAAAAAAUCCAUUAA